GGAAAUCAUAAAAAAAAACAUUUUUUGGAACAUUUACAGAAAAAGAAAAACACUUGUUGAAUUUACUAUUGCUAGUAGAUAAAUAAACCUCGAUAUGUCCGCACUUCUCACCCAUCAGACAAACCUCAACACAGAGAAACCAAGAGAGAGAAUGGGCGAAAUGGUUGAAACACAGAUAACUCCGGUGCAAGUUACCGACGACGAAGCUAGCCUCUUCGCCAUGCAGCUAAGCUCCGCAUCCGUUCUUCCGAUGGCUUUAAAACCGGUUAUAGAGCUCGAAAUUCUCGAGAUCAUGGCCCAGAACUCUUCUCCCAUGUCUCCUUCUGAGAUUGCUUCCCAUCUCCCGACCAAAAAUCCUGAAGCUCCGAUCAUGCUCGACCGUAUCCUCCGGCUUCUUGCGGCUUACUCCGUCCUCACCUGCUCCGUCCGUACACUUCCUGGCAGCGACGGCGUCGAGCGGCUUUACGGGCUCGGUCCUGUUUGCAAGUACUUGACCAAGAACGAAGACGGCGUCUCCAUCGCUGCUCUUUGUCUUGUGAACCAAGACAAGGUCGGCAUGGAAAGCUGGUACCAUUUGACAGAAGCAAUUCUUGAAGGUGGGAUCCCAUUCAACAAGGCUUAUGGUAUGGGCUGUUUCGAGUACCAAGAGACUGACACUAGAUUCAACAAAGUCUUCAACGAAGGAAUGGCUAACCUAUCAACCAUCUCCAUGAAGAAGACUCUCGAGACCUAUAAGGGUUUCGAGGGCUUGACUUCUUUGGUUGAUGUUGGUGGUGGCCUUGGUGCCACUCUCAAAAUGAUUGUGUCUAAGUAUCCAAACAUUAAAGGCAUCAACUUCGAUCAGCCACAUGUUGUCGCAGAUGCUCCUUCUUAUCCAGGCAUUGAGCAUGUUGGAGGAGAUAUGUUUGAAAGUGUUCCUAGUGGAGAUGCCAUUUUCAUGAAGGGGGUAUUGCAUAAUUGGAGCGAUGGAAACUGCCUGAAACUAUUGAAGAACUGCCACAAGGCGCUUCCAGCUAAAGGAAAAUUGAUAGUAGCAGAAUGUAUAGCCCCAGAGGUCCCAGACUCGAGUCUUCUGACUAAACAUGUCGUCCACAUAGACUGUAUUAUGUUGGCUCACAACCCCGGAGGCAAAGAACGGACCAAGAACGAGUUGGAGGCACUGGCUAGAGAGUCUGGCUUCCAAGGAAUCCAAAUUUUCAGCGAGAACUUUGGUGUUUACAUCCUCGAGUUUCUCAAGCAGAUCUGAAGUUAAAGUCCCUCUUAAUGAUGAAUAUUUGUGUUCCCUCUACAUCUACUUCAUGGCCUUUGUCGUACUUGUUUCUUGCUCCGGUAUUAACUAUGUGGUCAAUCAAGAACUAGUAUUGGGACCACCAUGCUUUGCAUAGAGCAAAUGUGGGGUUUACAUAAGCAAUAAAUGUUAGAUUAAUUAUCUGUUCGAACAAAUAUAUAAUAUGUUGUUGAAACAUGUUUCCUUGUUCUUUCUCUUGUCAACGGAAAUUUUUGUUCUUUUACAUUUUUUUGACAGUUAUACACUUAUUUUCAUAA